AUGUCGGAGCUUGAGAGCCAUGUCACCGUCCAGAAGCGAGUGUACUACUCCCCCCCGUGGGCGGACGUGAGCAUCAUCGGCGUGGCAGGCAGCUCGGGCUCUGGCAAGUCUACGCUUUCCCAGGCCAUGGUGAGAAAGCUCAAUCUGCCAUGGGUUGUGAUUCUUUCCAUGGACUCCUUCUACAAAACCCUGACCCCUGAGCAAUCGAGGCUGGCCUUUGCCAACGAGUACGACUUUGACUCCCCCGAGGCAAUCGAUUUCGAUAUCCUGGUUGACCGCCUACAAGAUCUCAAGGCCGGCAAGCGAGCAGAGAUUCCUGUAUACUCCUUCGCCAAACACCAGCGCCUGGAACACACCACGUCCAUCUACUCGCCCCACGUGCUUAUCCUGGAAGGAAUCUUUGCCUUGUACGACCCCCGGGUUCUCGAGCUUCUUGACAUUGGGAUAUACUGCGAAGCCGACGCGGAUACCUGCUUGUCGCGGCGAAUUGUCCGCGAUGUCCGGGAAAGAGGGCGUGACAUUGAGGGCUGCAUCAAGCAGUGGUUUGGAUAUGUGAAGCCCAAUUUUGAAAAGUUUGUCGAGCCUCAGCGAAAGGUAGCCGACUUGAUCGUACCUCGGGGCAUUGAAAAUCGAGUGGCGCUCGAUAUGAUGGUCCAGUUCAUUGAAAGGAAGCUCUUUGAGAAAUCCACCCAUCAUCGCGAAGCCCUGUCGCAACUGGAAGCCGCUUGCAAGGAGCAGCCGCUUUCCGACCGGGUCUUGAUCCUCAACGACACGCCGCAGCUCAAGUUUAUGAACACGAUUCUCCAAGACUUUGACACAUCGGCGGAGGACUUUAUAUUCUACUUUGACCGUCUGGCGGGCCUCAUCAUAGAGCAGGCCCUGAACAACGUACAAUUCACAGCGACAGAGAUUGAGACACCCUGCGGACACAGGUACCGCGGACUGAAGCCCAAGGGAGAAGUCAGUGCCGUGAUUGUGCUCCGGGGAGGUUCGGCGUUUGAACCGGCACUCCGGAAGACAAUACCAGAUUGCCGAACAGGGCGCCUCUUGAUCCAGUCGGAUUACUCGACAGGCGAGCCGGAACUGCACUACCUGAGGCUGCCGGACGACAUCCACAAGCACGAGAGCGUGCUGCUACUGGACACGCAAAUGGCCAGCGGUGGCGCGGCGCUCAUGGCGGUGCAGGUGCUGGUGGACCACGGCGUGGCCCUGGACCGGAUCGUAUUGGCAACCUACUCGGCUGGGCGGCUGGGGCUGCACAGGCUGAUGACGGUGUUUCCGGACAUCACCGUCGUGGUGUGCAACAUCUUGGCGGAUCAGGAACAGCGAUGGGUUGAGAAGCGGUACUUUCGGUGCUGA